UACAGCAGCCAUCUGCAGUGUAGAUUGGUGGAAGGCAAUCCCCAUCCUGCCUCAGCAUUCCAGAACUGUCUUCCAUGAUGAUUCCCAUCCAUGUAUUGGAUGGUUCCCAUCAUUCCAUGAUUAUUCCCAUCCCAAUUGCACAAUAAAGGAUAUACCUGUGAACAAAAUGGCAACAUUCUCUGUAGGAAAAUCAUCCCAUAACAAGGAAGAUACCAAGAAUGCUUCCAUUGCCAUGAAGAGCAGGCAGCAAGUUAUUAAUGAGGUCAACAAGCGAAGGACCCUGUUGCAAGAUAACAGCUGGAUAAAGAAAAGAGCAGAGGAGGAAAAUACUGAUGAAAACUAUGGGAAAGUUGUCCUCAACCAAUAUAAAUCUCAAGACAGCCUACACAGAGACCCAGAUGAAAAAGAUGAUCAGAAAGCUUUGCUUAGCCGAUAUAGAUCGGAUUCUACUUUAGAUAGGAUUUCUGGCAAAAGUGAUGCUGAUAAAGCAAAUAAACUUCCCACUUUGGAUGGCAGACACAGUAACAACAAAGAGUCUGGUAUCUCUGGCAACGCUGACACUGCCACAUCACCUGUGAAGAAGAAAAGACAGUCAUGGAUGCCUCCCCCCGUCUCAAGUCAGAAGCCCCGAGUAGAUGAUACAGAACAAAAAAGGCAUUCCUGGACUCCAUCAAAUACAGCAGCAGCAGUAGCCAUCAAUAACAAAAACACUUCCUCUACUUCAGACAAACCAGGAGGACCAAAAAUGACUAUCUAUUCAUCAGAAGCAAUUACAUCUCCAAAUGAUGUUGUAAAUGAUCAACCCAGAACAAGGCAGGUAUGUCCAGCAAAACCUAGUGAAUCAAAUGCUGACCGAAGCUCUACUACAGAGAAAAUUGGGAGGAACCAGGACCUAGACAAUCUCAUUAAAGUCAAAGCCAAAGGUGAUCCACGUGGCAAGAGGCACCAAGAGCUCGAUGAUCUAAUUAAAGUGAAUCGUACAUCUAAUGGACAUGACAAAGGGGGAAAAGACUUGGAUGACCUCAUUGCUGUAAACAACACAACGCAGAAAAAUAGAAGAAGCCAAGAGCUUGAUGAUCUCAUUGUAAUAAAGUCAUCCACUGUGGAUCAAAAUAUAAAGGGGGCAUCUGAACAAGGCAAUGCAACUGCCAAUAUUCCAGGCAGCAUAUCAGACACGGACAAUUUGUAUCAGGUCACAAGAGGAUCCAGCUAUAAUGCAUCAAGCAGUUGUGCAAUUCCAAAGGACACUAUUGUGUACACAAGAACAUAUGAGACUAGCAGAUUUCCCCAUGAUGCUUAUGAAGACAACAUGCCUGGAAAAUCCAUUAAAACUGUUUACUCUACUUCUGAUAGGGCCAUUAUUGAAAAAGAAAUGUGUACUUACUGCCGGAAACCCUUGGGCACAGACACUAAGAUGAUUCUCGAUACCUUGCAGAUCUGUUGUCAUGCAGCUUGCUUCAAGUGUGAAGUCUGUGAAGGGCCUUUGGAAAACCUGAAGGCAGGUGACAGCAUUUGGAUUUACAAGAACACAGUGCAUUGCUCACCAUGCUAUUCUAAAGCGAAAGCAUCAUGGGCCUACUAAGUCACACUAGGGAUCCCAUUAUCAGCAGCAUGCAUUUAUCUCUGAAAAUCAUACACUUUCUUCCUUUUGAUGACUGAAGUAGUCUAAGAGUAAUCACAAAGAGUAGACACUUGAAGAGAUGUGAAAACUGAAACUAUAUGUGAACUUUAAAAAGAAGAAAAGAUGUGAUGGCAUGAGUCUAGAUGAAGUCUGCAUUAUCGCCAAGGAGAAAAUAUCUGUCUCUAUUCUAUGAAGAUAUAUAGUUAAGCCUUGAGAAAUUUGUAUUCUGUUUUCUAAUCAUUCAGAGGUGGUUCAUACAUGCAUUUUCAUACUUGAUUAUUUUCAUGUAUGAAUAAGUCAUCACAGAUUAACCUUACAGAUAGAACUUCACAUUUAUUCAAAUACAUUAGCCCUAAUCCAGAAAAAAUCAAUUUGCAUUUCAAAUUCCAUUGAACUCCAUGGAUGGUUGGAAUUUACUUAAGCCCAUAUAACUUUCUCUAGAUUGAUGCCAAUGUUUUGGGGAGAGUCAGUUCACCCUUUCAGUUGCCAGUAAUCAAGUAAUGAGAAAUCAAAAAAUUACUUGCAUAUGUGAACCAGCCUUCAACUAUGUAUAUGAUCUUUGGAAGCUGAACACACAUGCUGAGGAGAUGUACCAAGGGUUCUGUUUCUCUGCCCUCCUGUCCACAUACCUCUCAGUUUCAUGCACAUGAAGUCCCAAGGGAUUUCCCUUAAUUAUUGCCUACGAGUAUGUUUAUAUAGGAGCUUCCUCCAUUCCCAUUCCAAUAUUUUAGCACUAAGAUGGAAGUGAAAGAAGAAUACUACUUGGGGAAGAUGGUAAAAUGUUUCUUGAUUGAAUGUCUGUUCAAGAGAAAUGUUCCUUCAUCAGUGUCUGGACUCUACCACACAUGCACAGUCCAAUAUUAACUUAAGCUAGUAAAAGAUUGUGGGACUGUGCACUGGUGCUAUAUAACACACUGUACACUAGAGUUGGGGGCACUGUAGCUUGUGAGCAGGGCCAGCCCAAACUAUUUGGGUACAUGAGAUGGAAAAUCUUUCCCACAGUGAACCUGUAAUAAUAUAUUAAAUAACUGAUUGUUUGCCACCUUUAAUGAUGUCCAAAAUCUGCGAUCAGAGAAGGCCACCAUGUUCUGCCGAAUAGUAGAGCUGGCUCUCUACAGCACCUAGGCAAUUUUUUAAAAAGCAAAUAAAGAUAUACUUCAUUUUUAAAAGUCCACAGUAUCCAUGUCAAUUCACAAACAUGACCAAAAAGAGGAGGAGGAAGAGGAGAAAGGGUAGUUUGCAAGGUAGAAGUUUUCUGGUGAACACUGGGCUGAUUAGGGAAUAUACAGUUCUCUGGGUGGGGGUAAUUUAUGGAAUGGUUGGGAAAGUGGUACCAAUGCAAGCUAGGAAGUGAGCGAAGCAUUAAUGAGAGAGAAACAAAAGUGAGGUUUCAUGUCUUGAGGUUGUAAGUGAUUUGGAGACUUUUGAUCUGGAGUUAUUUGACUUAAGAACUUUAGUUGCCUUGCUUCUUCAUUAAACUCCAGAGAAUACAGCACAUCACUAUAAUCCUGCAAGCACUUGUAUGUCUGUCAAUACCAGUGAUAAAGUACUGGGGCCCUGCCAAUUGUCAUGUAUAAAUGGCAAUUUGGUGUCAUAAUAAAUGACAAUUUGGUGUUGUUGUUUUUACAAACACCAUAUCUAAUUGUAUAUAAACAACUUAGGACCACUGAUGAUAAAGAAUGUAGAGAAUUUUCCAUGGCUUGGAGAAAUGGAUUGAAAGCAAAAAUAGAGAAUAUAGAAUAAAAGGUAAGAUAUUGAAGUUACCAUUUAGUGUAUAGCAAAGCACGUCUGUUUUUGAAUAAUCAGAAGUUCUACAUGUAAUUCAUAUAGAGUAGUAUUUUAGUGACCUCCUGAAUGACACUGACAAAACAUGGCUGCCAAGUAUUUGUUGCUUGAUAUCUUAUGCUUUAUGAUUAAUGUUAUCUGAAAUUGGUUUUUGCCCCUCUUGAAUCUCUGCAAUAAAGGACUAACCAAGUA